AUGCCCCUCCCAACGAAGGACCUCUUCCCUGAAGGAAAACUCUCAUUCGCCAAGUUCAACAGCAGGCGAAGCGUCGUGCACAGCACCAAGGGCAUCGUCUCUUGCACCCAGCCAUUGGCAGCGAAAUGCGGCAUCGAGAUCCUCGACGCCGGCGGGAACGCAGCUGACGCUGCGGUCGCAGUCGCGGCCGGUAUGAACAUGACGGAGCCCUGCUCGACUGGUAUCGGUGGUGACAUGUUCUGCCUGUUCUACGACGCCAGGACCUCCAAGGUCAGCGCGCUCAACGGCUCCGGGCGGUCGGGCGGUAAGUGCACCUUGGACCAGCUCCGCCACGACCUGGGCCCCGACGCCGGAUCCAUCCCCGCUCGCAGCGUGCAUGCCGUGACGGUGCCCGGCGCCGCGGCCGGGUGGGUGGACACUGUCGAGCGGUUCGGCUCCGGCAGGUUCACCCUGGAGCAGAUCCUCGCGCCGGCCAUCAGGCUGGGCGAGGCCGGCUUCCCCGUGAGCGAGCUGACGGCUGAGUCCUGGGGCAACGCGGAGAACAUGAUCAAGACGGCCAGUCCCAAUGGAAAGGAGAUGCUGAAGGCAGACCCGGAAAGCGAGGGGUUUUUCCGGGCGCCGAAGGCAGGCGAGAUCAUGAAAAACCCGACGCUGGCAAGGACUUUCCGGGCGAUCGCCACGGAGGGGAAGAAGGGUUUCUACACGGGACGCAUUGCAGAGGCGUUCGUGAAGGUUGUGCAGGACCUCGGCGGCUACCUGGAUCUGGAAGACCUAGCCGACCACCUUGAUCGAGGCAGCGAGCCUGUGGAGCCCAUCUCGCUCAAGUUCAGGGGCCAGGGCCUGCAGAGGGGCAAGAAACGGCAGGCAAACGGCGAAGUCAAGGACAGCGACGUGGACGACGGCGACAAGGGCCUCGAGCUCUGGGAGCACCCUCCCAACGGCCAGGGCAUCGUCGCGCUCAUGGCGCUGGGCAUCAUGCAGGAGCUUGAGAACCAGGGCAAGAUCCCGACCUUCACGGCGGCGCAGCACAACUCGACGCCCUACUUGCAUGCCAUCAUCGAGUCGCUGCGCAUCGCCUUCGCCGACGCCAACUGGUUCGUCGCCGACCCCAAUGUCGUCCAGGUCCCCAGCGCUGGGCUCAUCUCCCCAGCCUACCUCGCCAAGCGCGCGAGCCUGUUUGACCCGAACAAGGCCUCGAAUGGCGUUAUCGCCCACGGUUCGCCAGCGUUGCGCAGCAGCGACACGGUCUACUUUGCCGUGUCGGACGCGGAGGGCAACGCUAUCUCUUUCAUCAACUCCAACUACGAAGGGUUCGGGACAUGCAUCAUCCCCAAGGGCUGCGGCUUCACCCUGCAGAACCGCGGGGCCAACUUCGACCUGCGGCCGGCCGACCACCCCAACCUCUACGCGCCGCGCAAGAGGCCCUACCAUACCAUCAUCCCGGGCCUAGUGACCAAUGUGAGCGACAACUCGCUGCACAGCGUGUUCGGUGUCAUGGGCGGAUUCAUGCAGCCGCAGGGCCACCUGCAGGUGCUCCUGGGGCAGGUCGUCGCCAAGCUGAGCCCGCAGCAGGCGCUGGACGCCCCGAGGAUAUGCAUUGGUCCGAAUACCGAUGGCACCGGCAUGACUGUCAGUGUUGAAGAUGGCAUGCCGGAGGACACGAUCCAAGGGCUGAAAGAAUUGGGUCACGAUGUCCAGAUCCUGCGCGGAACUAAAAGAGUGCAUUUCGGGAAGGGGCAAAUCAUCAGAUGGACGGUCGAUCCGGUGGAGGGGAGUGGGGUUUGGUCUGCUGGCAGUGAUCAAAGGGGUGAUGGAGCCGCCUACCCUGCGUAA